AUGGUGUUUACUCCAGCUCAGCUUCGCUCAGUUGAGCUCAAUUCUCCUUUCUACGUUCACCUCAAUUCUGUGAUACGCCAAACCACAUUACCAGCUAUCAUCCGCUCUCUACGCACCACUGGUCGCUUUGACGCAUUGACAUGGACAGCAGAGACGGCGAAAGCGACUCCUCAUCCAUUCUGGGACUCGGAUGUGUACAAGGUGCUAGAAGCAUGUUGUUAUCAUUUGAUCAAAGAUAAUGAUGCAGAGCUCAGACGGUUUGUGGAUGAAGCUGUAAAAGUCAUCAUAGCAGCUCAGCAUGAGGAUGGAUACAUCAAUUCCUACUACACAAUCUUGGGCCUACCGAACCGAUUCACUAACCUUCGUGACAUGCACGAGCUUUACUGUCUCGGACAUCUAGCAGAAGCAGCAGCAGCAUAUCAUUCACUCACAGGCUCCAAUGACCUCAUCACGGUUGUCCGACGUAUGGUCGACCUUGUUCGCAAAGUCGUGGUGCCCAAAGGUGGCUAUCCCGGACACCAGGAACUCGAGAUAGGACUGCUCAGGUUGUACGACAUCACAGAGGACAGCGUAUUCUUCGACACUGCGGAACACUUCAUUCGAGAGCGAGGCACACGCGACGCAAAAGAUGAGAUAUUCUUCGACUGCGAAGCCUUUGCCCGCGGUGCAGACCCUUAUGAACAUCUCGGGACGGAAUAUAAAGCGUGGUUCAGCAAACCACGCGAUUAUGCAUACAUGCAGGCGCACACUCCGCUAGUCAAACAGAGCACGAUAGAGGGUCACUCAGUCCGCGCAAUGUAUUAUCUCACGGCAGCACAGCAUUACACGCUCGUGGGCGAGUCCGAAACGAACGAUAUUAAAGACGCCGUCGCGCGACUCUUUGCAAACACCGUCAACACGAAGAUGUAUAUCACUGGAGGUGUCGGUAGCGUGACACAAUGUGAAGGCUUUGGUCCAGAGUACCAUCUGCCGGACCUGAACGAGGGCGGGGGCUGUUACUCGGAGACGUGUGCAAGCUUCGCUCUGAUCAUCUUGUGUGAGCGUAUGCUUCGUGCCGAGCUUAAAGGGCUUUACGGCGACGUAAUGGAGCGUGCUUUGCUCAACUGCGUGCUUGGAGCUGUGGAACAAGGCGAUUCGUUCUAUUACGAAAACCCUCUUGCAACUCGGUCAGGCCACGCCCACGAACGCAGCAAAUGGUUCGACGUCGCCUGUUGUCCUCCCAACAUUGCCAAGCUGAUCGGUCUUCUUCCCACAUUGACCUACUCCGUCGAGGGCAAGAUCUGCGCCAUCCACCUCUUCAUCGGCUCAAGCUUUGCCACGCAGCUCGACGGACGAGACGUCAGGGUCUCUAUGGAGACCCAGUUUCCCUGGAAAGGCACCGUCACUAUCUCUGUGCAGACUUCUACCCCGCUGACGCUUGCAAUCCGCAUCCCUUCGUGGGCCGCCAAUUCCUUCACCUCUUCCAUUCGCGGAGAUGUGCUUGACGGCUAUCUCCAUCUCGAGAUCAAGUCCUCCACCACGCUCACGCUAGAGCUCCCCAUGGCGCCCCGAGUCGUCUAUGCUCACCCUAUGCUACGCAAAGACGAAGUGGCCAUCAUGCGAGGGCCGCUCGUGUACUGUGCCGAGAGUGUUGACAACGAGGUUGAUCUUGAGCGGAUCUAUGUACAUACCUCGCACGUGGAUGAGAUCAAAAAGAUCGAGAUUGCUGGUAUCCAGAAUGUGCCUCUUCUCCAGGUGCAGGGAAAGGUGAGGAACGGUGUCGGCUUCGGCGAGAGUGGCGAGGGACUUUAUGGAGAUGAACGGCCUGGGUGGGAGGAGGGAGAGAGGGAGGUUCUGCUGGUGCCAUACUUCCUGAGGAUGAACAGAGGCGGUCUCGGCGGAAUGAGGGUUUGGUUGAAGGAGCUGUGUGGGUAG